UGGUUUUAUGUUUGUGUUUUAUGUGGCUUCACGGCAUGUCAACAAAAGUGCUCAUGCACAUCAAAUUGCUCACUUUAUUCUUUAUACUGCAGUUGAAGAUUAGCCAGUGUAGAGCAACUUAGACAAGAGGAGCUCAGCAUGGCUAGUUGUUUCACUGCACUCUUUCCGCUAUUGCUGGUCUCUCUAUCGCAAGCAAUGCAGAAUGGAGACGUCCGACUGGUCAACGGUCACUCGGCAAAUAUAGGUCGUGUGGAGGUGUACUAUGACGGUGUGUGGGGAACAAUUUGUGAUGAUAGCUGGAAUUUGCAGGACGGGGAUACUAUUUGCAGGCAACUGGGUUAUGAAGGUGCUGAAACAGUGCGAUAUCGAGCCACUUUUGGUGAGGGAACAGGACCGAUAUGGAUUGAUCAAACUCAUUGUGAGAAGACUCACCAGUCGAUACUUGAUUGCAGCCACAAUGGCUGGGGUGUGCAUGAUUGCGCACAUCGUGAGGAUGCUGGUGUGGAAUGCAAAAGAAAGGUCCCUCAGAAACCGAAAGAGCUUCCGAUAAGAUUGUCUUGUCCGGAUUCCAGUAGCUGUGGUAGUUGCAAGGUUUGUGCUGAUAAGAAAUUUCCAGAUCCGAAAGACUGUCUACCUCAGCGCUCAGUUGAGGGUAUUGUCGAGGCUUUUUACAAUGGUGAGUGGCGUCCUGUCUCCAAUGAUGGCUGGGACAUGAGCAGUGCUAAUGUCGUGUGUGGAGAACUUGGUUUUCCACUGGCUAUGAGUAUUCCAACAAUGGAUCAACUGUGGUGCAAUUGGAACGACGAUUGUUUUGGAUCUGGGCAAGGGAGUGGGUCGUUAAGUAAUAGAGAGUGCACUGCAAAUGAAGAGUUUCGAAAUAGAUUGAAGCUGUCGUGGCUCAAAGGAUUGGAGUGUGUAGGAACUGAGAAUAAAUUGCUGAGUUGUUUCUUUGAGAGUUUUGGACCGUUAAGUACCACCUCCAUUGCUAACGUGGCUACAGUAAGGUGUGGUUACGUACCUCAUCCAGAUUGCAGCAAUAGUGUUCUUAGAUAUGAGAUUUACCGCACACGGGGGAGCGCUGUUCCCUGGCAGGGAAGGGUGGAGGCCCGUGUCAGAGGAGAGUGGGGGACGAUUAGCGACCUUCGCUGGGACGUGACUGAUGCUAGUGUUGUAUGUAGAAGUCUCGGCUUUGGAUCGGCUAAAACUGCCACCUAUUUCAGUAGUUUUGGGAGAGGAGUUGGAAAAAUUCACUUCUCUGAUCUGAAGUGUGCUGGGACCGAGAGAUUACUGAGUCAGUGCAGCAAAUUCACAGGGACAGCUACUGCAAUAUACGGACAUGAAAGAGAUGCUGGUGUCGUUUGCAAUGUACCACAGAGAGAUAAUUGUGAUAUACCUAGUUCAAGAAUUGUCAAACAACCAGAGACAAAUGGUUACAUGAGUACCUUUGUUCAAAUUCAUGACGACACAAACGGAUGGGGCUACCUCUGUUUUGAAUCCAUUGACAUAAACAUGGCUAGUGUAAUUUGCCGUGAAACAACACAGACAUUUGCGUUUCGUAUGAGAAAGGCUAGCCAUCCUGACUUCACUCACAUAAGAUACACGUCAUCUUUGAAUUGCACUGGAGAAGAAUCAAGCCUUCGAGAAUGCAAGAGAAACUUAGUUGCAACAAGAAAAUGUAAAGACGAGGAAACAAUUCUUGAAUGUCGACCAGAUUUGCCAGACCUAGUACCUGAUCUUGGACCAUUUGAGUCUUCGCUACAGUACUAUCCCUAUGUGGACCCAUUACCACUGUACUAUUUGAGGUGUGCACAUGAGGAGAACUGCCUCUCAAGCUCUGCUGACGGUAAACCAUUGGACAGUAGAAGGACCUUACUACGAUUCUCCAGUCAAACGAUGAAUUUUGGCACGGCAGACUUUAUACCAGUACUGGACAGAAGUAAAUGGAUUUGGCAUUCUUGUCACAACCACUUUCACUCGUUCGAGGCAUUCAUCCAUUAUGAUCUCAUCAACCCAAAUACGGGGAAAAAAGUCGCUGAAGGCCAUAAAGCUAGCUUCUGUCUGGAGGACAGCUUCUGUACAACUGGUGGAGCACCGAGAUUCCGUUGCAGUAGUGGUAUCCAGGGCAUUUCCGUCAACUGUGGAGACUUGUACUCCCGUCACCUCGACUGUCAGUGGAUUGAUAUCACAGAUGUACCUACGGGAACGUACAUACUACGUCAAACAGUUAAUCCGGAUGGACUAGCAUUGGAGAGUGAUUAUCGCAACAAUGUUGAAGAGUGCACAGUCACAUACUUCCCAGGAGGAUAUCUUUACCUUAAUCCAGGCUCCUGUCAUUUAUCAGACUCUAUACCCUAUGGCAGAUCUGUCACUGAUCUUAUAAUGGCUGGAUAUGCAACGUCUCUUGGUCUGCUCGCCUUUAUUUCUCUGUCAGGUGCACUUCAGAAUGGAGAUGUCCGAUUAAUCAACGGUCCUGCGAAAAAUAAAGGCCGUGUGGAGGUGUACUAUAAUGGAGAAUGGGGAACAGUUUGUGACGAUAGCUGGAAUAAUCAAGAUGGAGACGUCAUUUGCAAACAGCUUGGUUAUGAGUAUGCCGAGAGACUGUAUUAUCGUGCCUAUUAUGGCCAGGGGUCUGGGCCUAUUUGGGUGGAUCAGAUAGGGUGCGAUGUAGGUGCACAAUCUAUCUUGGAGUGUAGGCACAAUGGUUGGAACAUUACCGAUUGCCAUCAUGGAGAAGAUGCUGCUCUUGACUGCAAAAGGAAAGUUCCAAUAAAGCCGAGAGAGCUGCCUUUGAGACUCUCCUGCCCAGAGUUAAGUACUUGUGGUAGCUGCCAUGUUUGUCCAGCUAAAAAAUUUCCUGAUCGAGAGGAUUGCAUGGUUAAAAGUGCAGUUGAGGGUAUCGUUGAAGUGUAUUAUAACAAGGAAUGGCAUCCCGUCUCCAAUGAUGGCUGGGACAUGAACAGUGCUAAUGUCGUGUGUGGGGAGCUUGGUUAUCCUCUGGCUAUGAGUAUUCCGACUAUGGACGAUCUAUGGUGCAAUUGGAACGGAGUAGAUUGCAGCAUUGGAUCUGGAAUGAACCUAAACGCAGAUGAUUGCAGCACGGUCAAUGUGGAUUUUCGCACCAGAAUGAAGACAGCUUUCAUCAAAGAACUGGAAUGCACUGGAAUGGAGAAUCGGUUAUUGGAUUGCUAUUUUAAAGAGUUCGGUCCAACUACCAGCUAUUCCAUGGAAGUGGCUACUGUAAGAUGUGGCUACAAUCCUCAUCCUGAAUGCAACAAAGAUGCUGAGAUGUACCGGACUCGAGGGAGUGCUAUUUCCACGCAGGGGAGGUUGGAGGUUCGUAUCGGAGGGGAGUGGGGGACGAUCACUGACACUCGCUGGGACAUAGCUGAUGCUAGUGUUGCUUGUAGGGCUCUGGGUUAUGGCUCUGCUGUUAAACCUACUCACAGGAGCUCGUUCGGCAGAGGAGUGGGGAAGGUCCACUUCUCCCAUUUGAACUGUAUUGGGUCAGAGAAGCUCCUCUCAGACUGCCCUGGGGGACAAGUGUAUAAUCAGAAUCAUGGGGCAGACGCUGGGGUGGUGUGUAGGGCACCACAGAUAGGAGAAAUGUGUGGAAAGACACAAGGAUCUAAGAUUGCACCUGCAAGGGACACCAUUGGCUACAUUGCCACAAACUUUGUAGAGGUGCAUGGAAGUAAAGGAUGGGGUUUAAUGUGCUUCGAUUCUAUCAAACCCAAGGUAGCCUCUGUUAUUUGUCGAGAGAGUUCAGAGAUGUUUGUCCUCCGUAUGCGAAAAGCCAGCCAUAGCGAUCGAAGCAAAACCAAGUACUGGUGUGCGCUGAACUGUAGUGGUAAUGAAGACAGUUUUAAUGAGUGUUUGGGACUCUGCCUGCCUGUUAAGGAAUGCAUCAAUCAGGAGGCUGUGUUGGACUGUUCGCCAGGUGUACCUGACCUUGUACCCCACAUGGAGGUGUUCCGCCACUCUCUGAACUACUACCUCCAUGAGAUACCUAUCUACUACCUCACCUGUGCUAGGGAGGAGAACUGUCUGUCUAGCUCAGCAAGGGGGAAACCCAAUCAUCAUACUAGGAUGCUACUACGCUUCUCCAGUCAGACUAUGAACUAUGGUACAGCCUCGUUUGAGCCCAUCCUAAAUCGAGGGGAGUGGCUUUGGCAUUCCUGUCACAACCACUUUCACUCGUUUGAGGCAUUCAUCCAUUACGACCUCAUUGACCCAAAUACGGGUGAUAAAGUCGCCGAAGGCCAUAAAGCUAGCUUUUGUCUGGAGGACAGUACUUGUGAGGGAGGAAGCUAUCCUCGCUAUCGCUGUGGUACUGGUACUCAGGGCAUAUCCAUGAACUGUGGUGACCGAUAUGGCAGCCAUCUUGACUGUCAGUGGAUUGAUGUGACAGGUGUGCCUUCGGGCAGGUACAUCCUUCGACAGACAGUGAAUCCGGACCGGCUAGCACUAGAAUCGGAUUACGAAAAUAACAUUGCAGAGUGCACAGUGGAUAUGGUACCUUGGUAUUCCAGCACACUCAUUCAAGUGGUCAAGGACAGCUGUCGAUUAUCAGAUCACUAAAAGCGUACGUGUGAAGCUAUGAAAAAUAAAUUUAUAUAAAUUUUGUUAGUGCAUUUUCAGUAAGCAUAUAUGUCACACUAUUUUCUGAGCUGAAAGAUGUUUCCUACAAUUAUUUGUCAAGUCUUACUAAUACAUAAUUAUGUAUAGCUGUAUACCUCUUUUUUGUGUGGUAAUGGUGAGACAUGUUUAUGGAAUAAUCUUGUGUGUUUGAAGUUAAA